AUGGCGUCGGAGUUAACUCCGAACGCGCUUGAGAUUCUAAACUCUGGUGCGACGGAUGGCAACUUCAUCCUGCAAGUGUUCGACUCGCGACAGGUCGGGAGCGCAUCCGUGCCGCCCGCGCAGGAGCGAUACCGGCUGAUGCUGUCGGACGGGCGGUGGCACCAGUGGGCCAUGAUCGCGUCGCAGAUGAACGAGCUCAUGCGCACCUCCGUUAAAAAGGGCUCCAUUAUAAAUCUCACGGAGUGCGUCACCAACACUGUUCACGGGAAAAAGAUCGUAAUCAUUUUAAAGAUGGAGGUGGUCAAGACCGACGCUCCCAUCAUCGGCGAUCCACAGCCCUUCCCCGCCGACGGCCAGGCCCCGCCUCCGCGCCAGCAGCCGUCGUCAACCCCCGCCAGCACAAUCACCAACAACUCCGCCGCCCCACCCCCGCAGCACCAGCCGCCGCCGCAGCAGCCGUCCAACACUCCCUCUAUGGCGCAGCACGGCCCGCCGGGCGUUACUCAUCCGCCCAAUGCACCCCAGUCAGUCCCGCCCAACCCGUACGCCGCUGGUGGCUUCGGUCAGCAGCAGCAGCAACAACAGCAGCAGCAGAAACAGUCCCAGUAUUCCGGGGGAAGUGGGCCUCCUGGCGGAGGUUCCGCCGCUAGUCACGGAGGAGGGUUCGCUGGCGGCCCAGGCGCAGGCGGCGGCGGGGGAUACGGGGGAGGGGGCGGAGCAGCUCCGCCGCCGUCUUACUCCGCGCGCGGGCCCGUGGCGCGGAACGAGGCGCACGCGCGGGUGGUGCCGAUUGACUCGCUGAACCCGUACCUGGGCAAGUGGACGAUCAAGGCGCGCGUGACGUCCAAGGGCGACAUCCGGCGGUACAACAACGCGCGCGGCGAGGGCAAGGUCUUCAGCUUCGACCUGCUCGACGCCGAGGGCGGCGAGAUCCGCGUCACGUGCUUCAACCGCGAGGUCGACAGCUUCUUCGACAAGAUCCAGAAGGGGCAGGUGUACCUGCUGUCCAAGGGCAGUCUGAAGCCGGCGCAGCGCAUGUACAACCACCUGCGCAGCGACUGGGAGAUCAUGCUGGACGCGUCCUCCACGCUCGACCUCUGCCCCGACGACGGCGCCAUCGGCGCCAUCCAGUACGACUUCCGCACCAUCGCUGACGUGGCGGGCAUGGAGAACAACAGCGUGGCGGACGUGCUGGGCGUGGUGGUGUCGGUGGGCGCGAGCGCGAGCAUCAUGCGGCGCAACGGCACCGAGACCAUGAAGCGCACCUGCAUGAUCCGCGACCAGUCCGGGCGGCAGACGGAGCUCACCAUGUGGGGCGGCUUCUGCAGCGCUGAGGGGCAGCAGCUGCAGGAGCUGGUGGAAGCAGGGCAGCACCCGGUGCUGGCGAUCAAGGCGGGGCGGGUGAGCGACUUCAGCGGCAAGUCGCUGGGCACCAUAUCGUCCACGCAGCUCGCCAUCAACCCCGACAUCCCCCAGGCCAAGGAGCUCGCCGCCUGGUACACCGCUGGGGGGGGCGCGUCCAUGCCCGUGCAGGUCAUCUCCUCCGAGUUUGGCGGGGCGGGCGGGGGCGGGACAGGCAGGGAGCCGCGCAAGAUGAUAGCGGCGAUCAAGGACGAGGGGCUGGGGCUGGGCGGCAAGGUGGACUGGAUCUCCGUGCGCGGCACCGUGUCGUACUUCCGUGCCGAUAACUGCUACUACCCCGCGUGCCCGCUCACGACGGCCGAGGGGCGGCAGUGCCAGAAGAAGGUGGUACAGGACAGCAAUGGCGACGGGUGGUACUGUGAGAAGUGCGGCCGCGCCACACCCACGUGUGACUUCCGGUACAUUCUCAGCUUCCAGUUGCAGGACCACACCGGCAUGACCUGGCUCUCCGCCUUCCAGGAAGUCUCCGAGGAGAUGCUGAAGACGCCUGCAUCGGAGAUCAACAGGUGGCGCGAGGAGAACGACCUGCGGGCGGGGGAGGUGUUUGCCAACGCGCAGUGGAGCCAGUGGGUGCUGAAGCUCAAGGUGCGAGAGGAGACGUGGCAGGACGAGGCCAAGGUGAAGUGCACCGUGGUCAAGGCGGAGCCCGUCAACUAUGCGGCUGAGAGCCGCGUGCUGCUGGAUUACAUUGGCCGGCUGCAGCGGGGAGAGCCACUCACUGCGCCUGUUCCGGCUUCCCCUGGGCUGUCUGCUGGUGUUGGGAGCAUGCAGGUGGGCCGUGGGGGUGGUGCAGGUGGGGGGUAUGCUGGCGGAGGAGGGGGAUAUGGGGGCGCUGCUGGUGGUGCUGGUGGCGGUGGUGGGUAUAACAGCAGUGCUUAUGGUGGUGGUGGUGGGGGAGGUGGUGGCUAUGGUGGGGGUGGGGGAGGUUACGGUGGGGUUGGGGGGUUUGAUGGUGGCAGUGGGGGCAGGGGUGGUGGGGGCGGUGGUGGAGGAGGGGGUGGGUCGUGCUUCAAGUGUGGGGGAUCGGGCCACUGGGCGAGAGACUGUCCUGCUGGUGGUGCUGGUGGGGGCGCAGGUGGUGGGGGUGGUUACGGGGGUGGGGGUGGUGGUGGUUAUGGUGGCGGUGGUGGCGGUGGGGGUGGGGGAGGGGGAGGGAGUGGUUCGUGUUUUAAGUGUGGGGGGUCAGGUCACUGGGCGCGAGACUGCCCUGGUGGUGGUGGUGGUGGUGGUGGUGGUGGUGGUGGCAGGGGAGGUGGAUAUGGUGGUGGAGGGUAUGCGAUGGGGAUUCCCGAUGACCAAGCCGCCGGAUCUAGCCCGCCUCCAUCAUCUGGAGCUGAGCGAUCAUCGCACGGCGGUCAGAGCAGGCUGAUCAUCACGGAGAUGGUCCUCGAGAACUUCAAGUCGUACGCUGGGGUGCAGCGCGUAGGUCCGUUCCACAAGUGCUUCUCGUCGGUCGUCGGCCCCAAUGGCAGCGGCAAGAGCAACGUGAUUGACGCCAUGCUCUUCGUCUUCGGGAAACGCGCGAAGCAGCUGCGACUGAACAAGGUGUCGGAGCUGAUUCACAACUCCACAGACCAUCAGAAUCUUGAGUCGGCCCGCGUAUCCGUGCACUUCAAGGAGAUAGUUGAUUUGGAUGACGAGAAGUACGAGUCAGUGCCAGGUUCGGAGUUCGUUAUAUCGCGUACGGCGUACCGCAACAACACGUCCAAGUACCACGUGGACGACCACGCGAGCACGUUCACGGAGGUGACGAGGCUGCUCAAGGCCAAGGGCGUCGACCUCGACAACAACCGCUUCCUCAUCCUGCAGGGCGAGGUGGAGCAGAUCGCGAUGAUGAAGCCCAAGGCGCAGGGCCCGCACGACGAGGGGCUGCUGGAGUACCUGGAGGACAUCAUCGGCUCCAACCAGUACAUCGAACAGAUCGACAAGGGCGCCAAACAGCUGGAGGAGCUGAACGAGCGGCGGGUGGGGCUGGUGGAGCGAGUGAAGCACGCGGAGAAGGACAAGGACACGCUCGAGGAGGCGAAGCGGGCGGCGGAGGCGUACAUGGUGAAGGAGGCGCAGUGCGCGCAGUGGGCCAUGGUGGGGCGCGCGAUGGGGCUGCGGGAGUCGCAGGGCAAGGCGGGCGCGCUGGGCGCCAAGGUGGCGGAGCUGGAGGGCACGCUGGCCGCUGAGAAGGAGAAGUGCUCCGGGCUGCGGGAGGAGCUGCAGGUGAAGACAGACGCGUGCGACAAGUGCAACACGGAGUAUGAGGCGCUGUGCGGCGAGCUGGAGGCGGCGAGGGCGGACUUCAAGGAGUACGAGCGCAAGGACGUGAAGAUGCGCGAAGACCUCAAACACUGCAAGGCGCGCCUCAAGAAGCUCGCCGAUAAGAUCGCCAAGGACACGGCCAAGGCGGAGGAGGUGGAGAAGGCAGCGGCGGAGGCGGAAACGGCCAUCCCCGAGUUGGAGAAGAAGGCAGCCGCGCUGGCGCCUCGGCUGGUGGAGGCGGAGAAGAAGCUGGAGAGCAUCCAGGAGCAGGUCCGAGUGGAGGUGGAGCGGCAGCAGCAGCAGCUGGGCCCGCUGCAGGAGCAGCUGGCGCCGUGGGAGGAGAAGGCGAGCGCCGCCAAGGCCAAGGCGGACGUGACGCGCACGAAGCUGAGCCUCAUCCGCGACAAGCACGCCGCCGCUGAGAAGCAGCUGGAGGCGGUGCGCAAGGCCAUAGAGGAGCGCGAGGAGGGGCGGAAGCAGAAGCCGGAGCAGCUGAAGCGCAUGGAGGCGGCCGUGAGGGAGAGCGAGGCGGUGGUGGCCGCUAGCGCCAAGGAGGAGGAGACCAAGGCGGAGGAGGAGGCAGCUGCGCGCGCAGAGGCGGAGGCUGCACAGGGGCGCGCGGCGGAGAUGAGGGAGGCGGCAGCGGCGCAGCGCAGCAGCAGCGCCAUCCUGACGGCGCUGAUGCAGGCGAAGCGGGACGGCAGCAUCCCCGGCAUCUACGGCCGCCUGGGCGACCUGGGCGCCAUUGACGGCAAGUACGACGUGGCGAUAUCAACGGCGUGCGGUGCACUGGAGUACAUAGUGGUGGACAACAUCGAGACCGCACAGGCCUGCACGGCGCUGCUCAGGGAGCAGCAGCUGGGCGUGCAGACCUUCCUCGCCCUGGUACACCCCCCUGCGCCUUGUUGGUUCCUUGCUCGUUGCCUUCCCGUCCUAUGUGCUGUGCAAUUCCCGCAGUUUCUGAGCUCUCUCUUUCAAAUUACCGCCACUGCAACAUUUCUGCUCGCCCUCCAUCCCGCUUCCACACAGUCGUUUCUCACUCAUUUUCCCUCCGCCACUCCUCUCUUUAACCCCCCCAACCCCCUCUCCGCUCCCACCAUGCGUCAGGACAAGCAGCAGCACCUGGUGCGGGACAUGUCUGAGAAGGUCAACACGCCGGAGGGAGUGCCACGGCUGUUCGACCUGGUGCAGGUGCAGGACGCGCGCCUGCUGCCCGCCUUCUGGUUCGCCCUGCGCAACACGCUCGUCGCCUCCUCCCUCGACCAGGCCUCGCGCAUCGCGUACGGCGCGGACGCGCGGUUCAGGCGGGUGGUGACGGUGGCGGGCGAGAUGUUCGAGUCCAGCGGCACCAUGGCGGGCGGCGGGGGGCGCCCCCGCGGCGGCCGCAUGGGCAGCUCGCUGAAGGCGGCGGCGGCGGCGGCAGGCGGGGGGGUGACGCGGGAGAUGGUGGAGGAGGCGGAGAGGGAGGUGGCGCACGCGGUGGCGCAGCUGGAGCGAGUGAGGGAGGAGAGGCGCGCGGCUGUGGCGAGAAGAGAGGAGGCGGAGAGGGUGUUGAAGCGGCUGGGAAUGGACAUUCCCAAGGUCCAGAUGGAGAUUGAGUCGCUGGCAGCGCAGGUGGGCGAGCUUAGGCAGCGCGUGCAGGGGCUGCAGGCAGCGGCCGUGGCGAGUGCGGAGGAGGAGAGGCAGAUGGGCGCGCUGCAGCAGCAGCUGGCGGACGAGGAGGGCGAGGAGGCGCGCAUUGGGGAGGAGAUGGCGCCGCUGGUGGCGGCGGUGGCGCGCGUGCAGCAGGCCAUCGCUGAUGCCGGCAGGGAGGCGCUGGGCCAACAGAAGGACCACGUGGCCGCCAUCCAAAAGGCCAUUGACGAGGCGCAGACGGGCAUCAACCAGAGCCGAGUGACAGUGGCCUCAAGUGGCCGCAACCUGGAGAAGCUGAGGAAGGCGGUGGGGGAGGCGGAGGAGGAGAAGGCGAGGGCGGAGGAGGAGAUGACACGGAAGAAGGAGGAGAUGAACGCCGUCAUGCAGGAGGCCUUCGCUGUCAACGACAACUACGAACGCCUCCGCCAGUUGGUGGAGGGCAAGAAGGAGGAGUAUGGCGGCAUGAAGAAGGAGUUCCUGGCCAUCAAGGCACAGCUCGACAAGAUACGCACCGGGGAGGUGGACGUGGAAUUGAAGCUGGAAGAUGCGAGGAAGGCGCUGAGGACGAGUCAGGAGACUGCUCGCCUGCAGAGGGAGAAGCUGAGGUCGCUGGGAGCGCAGCUCAGGCAGCACAUCGCUCAGAUGCAAGCGGAGGGCAUUGCAGAGGAGGACGUGGAGGCUGCAGGGCUGCCAUGGGACCUUCAGGAAGAGGAUGGGGAGAGACAGGGCAGGGCACGACCAGCAGCAGCAGGCGCAGCAGAAAGAGGAGGAGGGGAGGAUGAGGAGAUGGAGGAGGAUGAAGAUGCAGAGCAGAGGGAGGGAGGUGCGGGUGAGACAGGGACGGAAGAUGAGGGAGACGGUGAGGUGGAGAGGCUUCUGGGUCGCCUGUGUGGUAACCUUGUCCGUGCGGUUACCAGUCGGGAGGAGGCGGCAGCAGGGGAGCAGCGGCUGCGAGCAGAGUUGGAGGCACUCAAGGGGAACGUCAACCUGAGCUCCAUGGCCGAGUACCGCAAGAAGGAGGCGGUGUACGCGCAGAGGCUGGGCGAGCUGGAGGCAGUGACAGCGGAGCGUGACAGCGUGCGCGUGGCGCAGGAGGAGGUGAAGCGGCGGCGGCUGGAGGAGUUCAUGGCGGGGUUUGACGCCAUCACAAUGCGGCUCAAGGAGAUGUACCAGAUGAUAACACUGGGCGGCGACGCUGAGCUGGAGCUGGUGGACUCACUCGACCCGUUCAGCGAGGGCAUUGUGUUCUCCGUGCGCCCGCCCAAGAAGAGCUGGAAGAACAUCUGCAACCUCUCGGGCGGGGAGAAGACCCUGAGCUCGCUGGCGCUGGUGUUCGCCCUGCACCACUACAAGCCCACGCCCCUCUACGUCAUGGAUGAGAUCGACGCCGCUCUUGACUUCAAGAACGUGUCUAUAGUGGCGCAUUACAUCAAGGAGCGCACUAAGAACGCCCAGUUUGUCAUCAUCAGCUUGCGCAACAACAUGUUUGAGCUGGCAGACCAUCUUGUUGGGAUAUACAAGACACACAACUGCACCAAGAGCAUCACCAUCAACCCACGUAGCUUUGCAGUCGCGGCUGCUCCUACAGCGGCAGCUGCUCCAACUGCUGCGACCUAA